GUCUGAAGUGGAACAUCCGUUAUCCAAGGUUCAUUCACACUUGCUUUUCCAAAAUGAAAAUCAACGAGGAAAAUGAGGAGCCGAAAAAACGGGUGAGUAGGAAUCAACCCACUGAGCUAAUUUUUUUUUUCAAAUCAUUUGGCACCUGAGGAGGCUUAGAUUAAAAUUUGUGUGCUUUCCACGUGACUCAUUUUUGAACUGAAGCCAAAUUGCUGUGAAUAUGAAUGUAUUUGUUCAUACAUGCAUAAUCAUUUGAUCAAUUGGACAGCCUGCAACAAGACUAUGUUAAGGGAGCUGUUUGAGGUUUGACCUGGAGAGCAAGAUUUUGCACAACAGGUGCUUUUGGUUAUUUUUUCAAUCAUUUUUUCUCCUAAUUACUGGAAGAUGAUUCCUUUGCUAAAAUCAAAGCAUCCAUCGUACAAGUCAAAGUGAAGAGGACAAAGGUAACUAUGAUCAAAUGUGGACCUUGUAUGGAAAUGGGCCUGCUGCUGUACUUCCUCUUACUUCUGCUUCUCUUACUGUUCAUGGGAUAUUCUGUGACUAAAGGUUAAUAAAUCAUUUCAGGAAUUAAUUCAAAAAUAAGUAAUUUGAUGCUCUCCAGAUAUUUUAGAAGCCACUUCUAAAAGUAAGCUUGGAGUUGCCAGGUUUUGAGAAAUUAUUUUGCGUUAAUCCUUUGUAUUCGGUUUAAACGAAAUAAUAAAUAUUAAAAGUUUAUUGUUGUGAUCUUUUUAACAGAUUUAUACAAGCUCUUGAAAUCCCUUUUUAAUCACAGUAAGGCAGUAAAUUUGAACACAUAAACCCCUGAGUACAAAAAAAAGUUCCCUUGUCUUGCCUUGUCUUUAAAAACCUGUAGCCUUACUGACAUAUGGAGUAUUUUGACGCCUUUCCUGAUCACUUGCUUAUCAAUACUGUCUAUCUGCACUUAUCUCAGUGGGCUGUUUACUCUGAACAUUUAGGGGGACUGGUUGCUGUGGAUGUUCAUGUCACUUCAGUGUCUACUUUUAUGGGCUCUGAAACACACAUGGAGUAAUAGACUAACAGUGAGCUUUAAUAAUAUUUGGGGAUUUAAAUGACAAAGAUUUCCAAACAUAUAAAAGAUGUUAAAUGGCCACAGAUACUCAACACGCUCCUGCUGUCUGAAGUCAGUCUCCGAACUCCCUUCCUCCUCUGCUGCUUUUUAGGAAGCUCUGGUAUCUGUGUCUGAUGCUGCAGUGAUAUUCAUUCAAAGGUUUGCAACGUUACGCAACAGCAUUCGCCUUGAAGGCUGGAGUCAGGGGCGUACCACCAAACCCUGGGUUUUGAACUCGUGUAGCCUGAUGCCCCCCCAUCCACUUUUAUUCAUUUUCCAAUUUUUUUUUUUUUUUUGGCUAUUCUCACAUGAGGGCUUUGUAAACUCCCCCUCUGUUCCACUGCCCUAGCUGUAGUACAUCCCCCUUUUUCCCUUUUAUUUUUUUCAUUCGAAGAAAUACAGCCGAGCCAAAUCUUGCAAUUUGAUUCGCAUCUGAUACCAUGAAAUCAUAAAAUGCACGGUUCAGCCGAUUCUCUCCACCACGCGGUCACUGUAUGACAACAGAUCAAUUGUAUCAUCCUCAGGAUAAACUCGGCUUCUCGUCAGACUCAAGUUUCCACUUGAGAACAAACUCUUUACAUGAAGGAAAGACCUGUCUUGGUGCACAAACUUUAUUGGAUCAUACUCUGUGCAAAACGUCAGCCUCAAAAUGCCUAAAGAAUUUGUGGACGAAUAUCAACCUCUGCUUAUUAAAGGCAUCAAAGAUACAAGGCAACCAACGGUAUGUAGACUAUAAUGAAAUAUAGUGGGAUGCUGCCUUUUUGUCUGUAUUUUGUAUCAUAGAUGAUUUGUGUUUGUGUAUCUCUCUAUCUGUUCUUUAUUACAGCUUCCAAACAAAUCACUUUUUCUGGCUGUAUGUGCUGCUUGUAUAGGGGGAACCUUUCAGUAUGGAUACAAUGUAUCCGUCAUCAAUGCACCUACAAUGGUAAUAACACAACCGAGAGAAACUAUCACGCUAAGAUUUAAAAUAAUGGUCUAAUAAAAGUUACCUGUACAGUAUUCUCUGACUCUGCAUGGGUUAAUAUCUCAUUUGAAACACUAUGAAUUCAAGCCUGUAGGUAAUAUCCAUCAUUUAUCCAUCACUUAUAUUGAUUUAACAUCCACUUUGUAGCAAUGGCUGGUAAUUGUGCAUGCACAGAUAGACUUUCUUUCAAUAUUUUUAAUCCAGGAACCUUCAUUUUUAUUUUGUCUGCUCGGUAUGCGAAUAGUUUUUUCUCCAUUUCUUUACAGUAUGUGCAUGAUUUCAUCAACCAAACUUGGAGUGAACGUUUCCAGUCGGACAUAUCUGACCACGUUCUCACCCUGCUGUGGUCCACGAUUGUGUCUAUGUUCACAGUGGGGGGACUUAUAGGAGUAACAAUAGGUGGGACAAUGUCUAUGAUGCUGGGAAGGUAUGGAUUUAAUAAAGCUCCUUUUCUUUGGGUUUUCCUCGACUGUAUUUCAAGAACUAAUCUUUGUUGUGUGCUUACUUUUCCAGGAAAGGAGCGCUGUUGGCCAAUAAUAUAUUUGCAAUUUUGGCAGCUCUGUUCAUGGGUCUGAGUUACCCAACGGGAUACUUUGAAUUACUCAUCGUUGGGCGUCUUCUCUGUGGAAUUAAUGCAGGUAAAUUAUGUUUAUUAAAACAUAUAGAGAGAUUAAUCUGAAUUCAUAAAGUGAAUACUCACAGAUUCUUCUCUAAUCACGCUGUGUUUUCCCUAAAGGAAUUGGACUUUGUGUUCAACCUCUAUAUUUGGGGGAAAUAGCCCCAACUUCUCUCCGGGGCGCCAUGGGAACAGGGACUUCUAUUUUCAUCACUGGUGGAAUAUUGACAGGACAAGUGAUCGGCCUCAAGUAAUGCUGGGCAAGAAAAAGGCACAAAAUAUUGUAUUUCCAAAAUAAUAUGCUCUCUCAAGUUUCUAUGUGUGGUUUGACAGGGAGCUUUUGGGUAGAGAAGAGCUGUGGCAUCUUCUGCUUGCCACCACAUGUGUCCCAGCCAUCAUGCAGCUCCUCAUCCUGCCCUGGUUCCCUGAGAGUCCACGUUACCUGCUCAUUGACAAAGGAGACGAUGCCAGGUGCAAAAAGGGUAAAGCAUCCCAGUCACUCACUUUCAUUUCUCAAAGAUUGUUUUUUCACACACUAAAAAGAAGUUUCAGGAUCCCUUUUGUCUGGCAUUACCAGACACAGAGUAAUUUAUUUUCAUGUGAGUUCAAGCAUGGCUUCACAGUCUGGUGUGAUGCAGUAAACCUUUUGAUGGUAUUAAUUGAAAAAACAGACCCUACAGCACAGUCAGAUUAAAAGAAUGUGAAUGCGGCAAAAGGACAAUUAACAAAGUAAGUCAUGUGCUCUUUGUUCUGCAGCUCUGAAGCAGCUACAUGGUGGAGCUGGCUGCAGCAGGGAAUGGGAAGAAAUAGAGACGGAGAGGAAUAAUUUUGUGGGUUUUAGAGCAAAGAAACCCUGGGAGCUCUUCACUGAUCGAACUAUCCGCUGGCAGCUUCUCACCAUCUUGCUGCUCAAUGCUGCACAGCAGCUGAACGGCAUCAAUGCUGUACGUACAUAAUGAUAAAGCAACAGUCACUGAUAGAUUUCUCAUUGCAAGCAUUGGUAACCUUUAAGAAAAGUAAAGCUGUUCAAGAUUACAAAUGAUCCUUUUUUUAUGAACAGUUUUGUCUUCUUGUCUUUCUCUCCCAUAGAUUUACUUCUAUGCAGAUUACUUGUUUAAACAAGCUGGGAUUCCUGCUGAAAAAAUACCAUAUGUGACGAUUGGCACUGGUGCCUGUGAAUGUGUCACCGCUUUAACAUGUGUAAGAUAACUUUCACAUUAUGUAUCUAUGUGCAUUUCUUCUAUGAGCCUGUUGUUUCUACACUGCUACACACAAAAACUAGGGGAGAACAGUUUGGGCAUUUCUGAUAAAAUAGUUGAAAAAUAAACGCACCUCUGGAUUACAGAAACAAAAUAGUCUAACUUCAUCAUCCACCCAAGGGAAACUUGUCACAUGUCGAAAUGAGAAAAGCACAAGACAUAGUGCGACAUAGUGAAUGCAGUAAACCUGGAAAGCACAAAAGCUGUGCUAAAGAUCAAACAAGUGUAAAGAAAAUCAGUGCGACAGAGCAUAUGAGUGUGAAAGUCAAACUAAAAUACUGUGGAGUAGGAUUUGACAGAACAAAACGAGAACAUCACCAUGAAAGGUCAGAGUACGUCUCAAGUGUUUGCUUGGAGAUUCAUCUUGAUCUUGUGACAUGCUGUGUGUCUCACAGGGUCUGCUCAUUGACCGUCUGGGAAGAAAAAUGCUCAUCGCAGGAGGAUACACUUUGAUGAGUGUGUGCUGCGUUUUGAUCACGCUAACUCUCACUUUUCAGGUAAAAAAAACUACACCAAACAACAGUGUUGAGACACACUUUUUGUUUCGCAGGACUUUCUCAGCCUCUGAUGCAUUUGUGAACUGAGUUAUUUUAUAAAACUAAGGAGAAAACUUAGAGCAAAACCUUACAGAUAUACACAAAUCUGCAGGGAUUAGCCCAUUUAAGGAGAUUAGGCCUUUCACCAAGAAGAGAGGUGAGUUGAACAACAUGCAUAAAAACAAUUCAGAGUGAACUAGUUGAGAGUCUACUUUUUUUAUGGAAAGGUAUGAACUGUAUGAGUUAUUGGCACGCAUGGCCAAAACAUGUGCAUAUAGUCAGCUGGUGAUUAUCAUGUGAUUCAUAUAUCAGGUGUGUCUGGGAAAAUCAGGACUGUUUUUAUUAGUUAAUAUCACUUUGUUGUAAUAUAAGUCUAAUGUGGCACAAGAGAGUUUGUAAAAGGUUGAAUUAUAAAGCUGCAAAUAGAGAAAAAAAUCUCCAGUUUUGAGGUUUGGUUAUAGCUGGCAGACCUCUGUGACCAUAUUGAAAAAGCGGUCAAUGCGGAAAAGUAGCAAAUGGUAGUUGUAAGAGAUAUAAACCAGAGCUGCAGUCGCCAACAAACUCGCCUUUUUUGAUAUUGACUAAAAAUAAUUAAACAAGUGACUGCGCUUUAUUCUUAGAGAAACUAUCAAAUAAAAAAAAACAUUCUUGAGCUGAUUCUUAUCUGUAAGAGCUUUCAGCUGAUUUUAUUCCUAAGCUUUUUGCUCAUAUUCUUUUCUUCAUCUGUUAAAGCAGCCUAUGUUCUCUCCCUUUUGAAGAGUGGGGGCCCUUUAGGCUUUCACAGCUACUCUUCGUUAUCCAAAUUCCUCCCCCAAGCCAAGAGUUUCAAAGUAAACUUCAAAUAAAUCACGGCUCAACAGCAUCUCAGCUGAAAAACAGUCUGGGUUUAGUGUUUUUGAGCAUUUCAUUUGAUCCAGGCAUUUGGUUCGGUUGACCAUGAGCAGACACAGUAUAUUAGUUGUUGGCAAGUCUACAGAAAGUUCAGGACCUUUUCAGAACCCAGUUUGUAGAAACAAGCGGUCACAAGUUAAAGUUUAUGGAGAUCUCAAAGGUAAAAAACAUCAGAAAGGACAUACAUUUGGCCAAAGUUCAUCUCUAUGCAGACAACACAAAAGUCUAUUCAACAACCUCCUCACUAAGUUCAACGUAUGAAUCGUUUUUGAUGUUAGAUAGCUUUGACAUUUAUACCAUAAGUAAGGUCUCAGUUAUUCUGCUUCUAAACAUGCUACCCUCUCUUGAUUUCGAUAAAUAGGCUGCGUUUCAUAUCCACUCUUAAACAUCCCUCAGUAUUUCACUCCUUGACUUGCAUUUUUUUUUUCGUAAAGACUUAGUAGAAAGCAGCGGCACUGAAAAGCUUCUUCAGCAAGUUCUCAGAAUUCAUGCAGAAUUUGGUCAAUUACUAUUUCGCCCGCGGUCACUAAACAACAACUCUAGUAUUUCUCAACUUUCUCAUAAUUUUUGCUCCUUGUUGAGUUCAGAACUGUGACUGAAAAUUCAGUUUCAAGGAUAACCUGAAAGUUGGACUUUGUUGUACUUAUGUUUGUUGAUUAUCCGUUUCAUAAAUAUGACUGUUUAGAACAUUUUCCAUUUCUGUAAUUAUCUUUCUCACAGGAAGCCAACCCAAUAAUCCCGUACUUGAGCAUGACGUGUGUAUUUGCUUUUAUUCUAAGUUUUGGCCUUGGACCAGGUAACUUUCUGAAUUAGCUCCUUUAAAGUCUAACAUCAAGCUACCUAGUUGUGAAAUAGUUGAAACAGUGUUAUAUUUUGUUGGCUCUUUCUCUGUGAAGGUGGUGUGACUAACAUCUUGACCGCUGAACUGUUUACACAAAGCACGCGGCCUGCAGCUUACAUUAUCUCAGGAUCACUCAACUGGUUCAGCUUCUUCUUCAUCAGCCUGGCCUUUCCUUUCAUUGUGGUAAAUGUCUAAAUAUAUACCACAAUCUUCACGUCUUUAUUUUUAAAUGCUUCAUCAUGUGUUGGCACAAUUCACAUGUUUAAGUGAGACACACUAACGGUUUUAUUCCAUUUGAUGUACACAGAUUGGGCUGCAGCAGUACUGUUUCCUUGUGUUUUUGGUCAUCUGCGCUUUAGUAGCGACAUACAUUUGCCUCGCUGUUCCUGAAACCAAAAACAAAACCUUCCUGGAAAUCGAGAAUGCAUUCCAGUCCAACAACAACAAAAAGGCGAACGGUAUUGAUGGAACGGGAGCAAUGCUGUUAUCGACUUCUAUAUGAAGUACAACCCAUCACUCAGGGGUCAUACAAGUUAAGUUUUUUUGUGUAAUAUAGAGUAUACUUAUGUCACAAAGAGCUGUUAUAUACUUUAGAACAUGUAACAUAACAAUAACGGUGCUAUAACUUAUGGGACCUUGCUUGAACUUCAUUGUACUGUCACUGUAAUGAUUAGGUCUUGUUAGGUCACCGACAAAUAUGCAUUUCAUUAAUCUUAAUCUGUAAUAUUUUGGUGAAAUAAAUGUUG